CCCCUGAGAUCAUGACUUGAGCCCAAGGCAGACGCUUAACUGACAGAAACCCCCGGGUGCCCCUGUUGCCUUUUCGGUUUUGACCAAGGCUGACCAGUGAAGGCCCAGGGCAGGUCAGUGUGGCGCAGGCGGGAUUCAGGUGACACCCACUCCCUCCUCCCAUUGCCACCGCAGCCUCGAACACCAGAUCUCGGUUCCCUCGCGUGUGGGAUGACUCCAGCAACAGCGACUGGGAGGUGCUGUUUUGAGGAUGAGAGAAUCCAGCAAACCUAGUUCAUGGCGGGAAGCUCUUAAUGACUGUUCUCUGGUGCUCUGACCAAUGCGGUUGCUAGUCACAUAUUUCUACAUAAAUUAAAUUAAUAGAAAAUUGAGUUUCUCCGCAGCCCAGCCCCAUUCCAGGUGGAUCCUACGUGUGAUGGCGACCGUGUUGGAUAGUGCACAUAUAGAACAUUGCCGUCAUCGCAGAAUGUUCCACUGGACAGCACCGCUCUGUACCAUUAACUUUGAAUCUACACAACCGCCAGAACUUAGGGCUGACCAGAAUGAUUCCCUUCGAGGUGGGAGCUCUCCCCGGAUGUUUACCUGUGGAGAUGCAGAAAAUGCUUUUAAAGUAAGACUGAGUAUCAGAACAGCUCUGGGAGAUAAAGCAUAUGCCUGGGAUACAAAUGAGGAAUAUCUUUUCAAAGCAAUGGUCGCUUUCUCCAUGAGGAAGGUUCCCAACAGAGAAACAACAGAAAUUUCCAAUGUCCUACUUUGCAAUGUAACCCAGCGGGUGUCAUUCUGGUUUGUGGUUACAGAUCCUUCAAAAAAUCACACCCUUCCUGCUGUUGAGAUACAGUCAGCCAUAAGAAUGAAUAGGAACCGGAUCAACAAUGCCUUCUUUUUGAAUGACCAGACCCUGGAAUUUUUAAAAAUUCCUUCCACUCUUGCACCACCCACUGACCCAUCCAUGCCCAUCUGGAUCAUUAUAUUCAGUGUGAUAUUUUGCAUCGUCAUAGUGGCAGUCAUGCUGUUGAUUUUAUCAGGAAUCCGGCAACGUAGAAGGAAGAGCAAAGGACCAUCUGAAGUGGAUGACACUGAAGACAAGUGUGAAAACAUGAUCACAAUUGAGAACGGCAUCCCCUGCGAUCCUUUGGACACAAAGGGAGGGCACAUUAACGAUGCCUUCAUGACAGAGGAUGAGCGGCUCACCCCUCUCUGAAGGGCUCCUGUUUUGCUUCCUCAGGAAACUCAACUCUUGUUUCUGUGCCACUGCUGAGCAUUAUAAAUUAUCAAGGACAGAUCAUCUAUUUUAUUUCACCAUUCUUCUUUCCUAAGAAAUUCUGCAUGUGCAUGAAAGUAAAAGGCCGUCAUUUAUACCCAUGAAGACCACUGGAAUCCUAAGCUGUUGACUACUCAAAAUAUUCUAAAAUAUUUCUCUGACAACACAAUGUAUAAGUAUAGUCACGUGGUACCUUUACUUAUUGGUUUAAAGGUGCAUUAGUGUUGAACAUUUCUAGAAAUAAGGUCAGGCCACUACAUAUAUAUACAGAUGUAUAUAUAUAUGUGUGUGUGUGUAUAUAUAUAUAUUCCCCCCACACACACAAUUUGAAGACCUAUGGAGAGAGAUUUUUCCAGUGGAGAAUACCCAUAAUAUGGUGUAAAAAUCUUUGAAGAUGGAUCCUUUUUGAAUAUUGUUUAUAUCACUCUGUAUAUGACUGACUAAGCAAGAAUAAAAUAUGAUUGGGAUAUGAAUGAUAAUGGGAGUGACUAUAUCCAAGGUAGAAUUUCAUCCUAUGACCAUACCAAUACUUACUUAUUCUCUAUCAUUCUCUAAUAAGUCAGCCCUGUUGGUUGACUAUUUCUGCAAUUUGUAAAACUACAACCUCUGUGAAUUUAAUAAAGUGCUAAUCAUCUCUUUUUAAUUA